CCCACAGGCACUCUGACUCUCAGCUUAGUUAGCACACACUGCUGUGGAGCGGCUGCCUACAUCCUACUAUUAACUCAAAGAUGGCCUCCAAAGUCAAAGUAAACUGACAUCGUAGUGGGGCGGGAAGCAAAACACAGAAAGGAAACAGGAUUUUGAGUGUUUGCCAGUGUGUGUGUCUUUGUGAGAUUAUACAGAAUGUCCAAAGGUGUAUGAUAUUCACACUGAUUCAUAAAGGUAACUAUAUAGGUGAAUAACAUUAGAAAGAAACUGGGAGGAUCAAAAAACAUGAGGCUAUAAAUCAGGAUAAACCGUCCAGUUCAAGAAGCUGCUGGCUGGAGGACACUACCACCUCCUUCCAACUGCUCAGAGUUUGGCCUGGUGGUACCAAAUUGACCCACCACUCAGUUGCCAACAUGCUCCAACAGAUCUUAAAGGACAUGUACAUCGAACCUGAUGUACUCAAUGCUCUUAAUGAAGAGCAGAAAAAGACUCUUUUCCUGAAAAUGCGUGAGGAGCAGGUGCGGCGCUGGAAAGAGCGGGAGGAGAAGCUGGAGAGGGAAGGGGGGGACACUGAGUCCAAGAGAACAAAGCCAAGAAAAGCCAACAGUAAGAGUGUGAGCUGGCUCCUCGGCCGUGAUGGUGAUGUGUCAGUCAAUGUGAUUGGUGAGGUGGAUGAGUUAACCUCCAAAUUUAUCUGCUCUGGACUUGGAGAAAACAAGUCACCCAAUCUCCAGAACAACACAUGCCAUCAAACUAUCCUGAAGAGCAGGAAAAUUACCGAUGAUGUCAGAACUGAGAGAGAGAACCUGCCUCCCAAAACGCACCCUGGAAUAUCCUUGAAUUUUAAGGGUAAAUGUGAGGUAUCGAGUACUGUACUCCCUCUGCCGGUGUCAGUGAGUGAGCAUACACCAGCCACAGCAAAAGAAAAGCUCGACUUGAAAUCAGCCAGCACCACCGAGGAGAAGUCGGAUACCCAGUCCUCCAUCUGCUCCAGGCCUCCCAUGAGAGUUAGCCCUGUCAACGUUAAACCAGCUUCUACAAACGCAACACUAGGCUGUGUCAACACGAGACCUGGCCUCACACAUCCAAGGCUGGCAGCCACCACAACGUCCUCUUCCAUCAGCAACACUGUCAAAAUAGUCUCUGGAUCAACGUCUCUCACCCAAGAUAGCCUGUGCUCAAAGGAACCCCAAAAGCCUCACGAGUCACAGGGUGGGAAAGAUGUUGGUGUUUUAGAAACAUCUCGGACCUCUGCUUCAGGGGAGGUUGGGGCAUCAGGGAGGGCAGCAGUCUGUACAGGACGUGGCCGAGUGGCUCAGCUCAUGAAAACCUUCAGCGCUGAUACCCCAACACAGACCCCUCCCCGUGGUAUUAAGCCACCCCUUCCUACCAAGCCUAAUCAUUUGCAUGUAGUGACAACAUCAACAGUCAGGUAAUCCUUAAACGAUGAUGGACAGUCACAAAGCCCACUCCAAGUGUCUGUGCUUGGAAUAAAAUCACCCAAGACGAUGUCAGACACCUAAUAUGGAGCACCAGUUGGAAAUUUAAGGGGAUAAAAGACUGUAAAGGGGGCUCAGAAAUGGUAAUUGUUGGUAUCUCUCCCAAAGCACAGUGAUGAAAAUGCUUGAAUUCUUUAGUUUUUGGAUGCUGCAGUACUGUACUGUAAACACUCUUUAUGGGAGAGAAAAAUCCAAACCAAUUAAUUGUAUUUGAAUAUUUGGUUUUAUAAGACACAAAAACAUAAAUUCACGUUGAUGCUUCAGUCUUUGUGUGACAAGGAAAAUAUACUGUUUUUCUAAAACAGUUUUAUGUCUGAUUUACACAACUUGUGCACACUUUUUGUAGUAUUCUAAUCAAUUAUAAAACAGUUUUCAUUGCGCACACAGGCACACGCAUAGCUGUUUUUUUUUCUUAAUUUCUGUCUUCUUGAACAAAGUAGGGCAUGGGCAGGCAAAGGGGUGAAGAAGGUACAGAAGGGUCCUCCAUCCUUUUUGCUGUUUCUUCCCAAGGAAUAAUGUUGGGUUUUUUUAUUUGUCACAAUGCAAUGUAUGUCUGUCUCUGCCACCUGGCAGGAGUCUCGCUGCGACCUGUUGUGGACCAAUGACAGUGCCAAAUACACACUCAUCUGUCACUCCCAGUGGAUCAAAUCCUGGCAAGUUAGACAGUCACUGCCAAAUAAUCCAGCUCUGUGUUGCUGUUCCUAUUUUCAGUCUUGUAUUUGAGAUGAGUGCCUGGAUGCUGUUGUUGCUUUUGAAUUUUCUAUAUGGAGACACAUUCUUUAAUGGGACAUUAAACAAUCUUAUAUGAUAGACAAGUUUAUCCUUGAUAUCAAGAUUAAAUGGUGCAAGGAAAAAUUAAACAGCUAAACUUGUGAA